UUCCUCCUCUACCCCAACUUCUCGAACCCUCCAAACCCUAGCCCUCGAAUCUCCCCCAUGGCCGGCGGCGAUCCCGCGGCGGCGCCCGAGGUGGAACCGCCGGCGGCGGCGGAUGUGGCGGGGGAGCAUCCCCCGCCGGAGCCUCCCGGGGCGAAGCCGGGUGAGGGGAAGGGGAAGGAGGUGGAGGUGGGGAGGGUGAAGGAGAAGGAAGGGGUGGAGGGGAAGGGGAUGGAAGAGGAAGAGGUGGAAGUGGAGAGGGUGAAGGAGACGGAGACGGAGACGGAGAAGGCUGAGGCCGAGCAGAAGGAGACGGAGGGGAAGGCGAAAGAGGUGCAGUGCAAGGAUUCGGUGGAGGAGGGGGAGGGCGGGAAGGAGAAGGAGGGGAAGGAAAUGGAGGCGAAGGUGAAGGAGGAGCAGGGCGCGGAGUCGAUGGAGGUGGAUGGUGGGAAGGAGGAGAAGGAGAAGGAGAAGGAGAAGCAGAAGUCGAUGGAGGUGGAGACGAAGCGGCGGCCGGCUGGUGUUGGCGGGGAGACACCCAUCCUAGCGGUGCCGAUGGUGGCUGUGCCCUGCUUCUUGGCGUCUCCUGCGUUUGCGGGUCACUUUUCGAUGAGUCAUCAAGCAGCCUUGGCGAGUGUGACAGCUCAGGCACAAAUACAAUUGCAGUCACCAACCACAUCAUCAUAUUCAGAAGGGCUGCCCAGUCCAUUUCCUAUAACACCUAAAGCUGUCAUGCCACUGCAGCAAGCACCGUCAGGAACUGCAGGGAGUGUUUACAGACCAGUUUUAGAGAAGUCAGCCUCAUUUCAGUCAAGACCACAGCAUCAUGUGUCUGUAAACAUGGUUGGUGAUGGCUUCAACUGGAGGAAGUAUGGUCAGAAGCAAGUGAAAAGUAGUGAAAAUUCCCGGAGUUACUAUAGAUGUACUAACUCCAGUUGCUUAGCUAAAAAGAAGGUUGAACAUUGUCCUGAUGGGCGUGUGGUGGAGAUCAUUUACAGAGGGACGCAUAAUCAUGAACCACCACAAAAGACCAGAUUUUUAAAAGAGAGAGUGGCACAUAUUACUGGUUCCUCUGGAGACGACGAAACCUUGCGACUUGUGAACACUGAAAUUAUAGAUUCCCGAUCACCAGGAUGUAAAUUAGAACCGGGUGCCGUCCCUGAAGCUUCUGAACAGCAGCUCUUUUGUUCGAGUGAUUGUGAAGGUGAUGCUGGUAACAAAUCAGAAGAUGAUCAUACUAGCACAGAUCCUCAGCCAAAACGGAGCAGAAUAAUUGAGACCAGCACACCACCUUUAACUCCAGUUCUGAGAACUGUUAGAGAGCAAAAAAUUAUUGUACAGGCUGGAAAGACGAGUGAUGGGUAUAGAUGGCGUAAGUAUGGACAAAAAAUUGUGAAGGGAAAUCCAAACCCUAGGAGCUACUACCGUUGUACGCAUGAUGGGUGCCCUGUCCGUAAGCAUGUUGAAAAGGCACCAGAUGAUGAUAACAAUAUUGUUGUGACCUAUGAAGGUAAGCACAACCACGAUCAACCAUUUAGGAACAGCACUGAGUCAAGGGAUGGGCCUGUUCCUCCUAUGGUCAUUACAGCAGAGACAACCUCUGAGCAACCCAGCACAAUGACCUCAGCAUCAGAUCAGAAACCAACAAUCAGCAUGCCGAAGGAUGGUGGCAAUGAGCCCGCUAAGGACAAGACUUCAGAACCUGGUGGUGAGAAGGCAGUGGAGUCUGCGCAAACCCUGCUCAGCAUUAAAACUAAUCCCGAUGACAUGAAGAGUACCCUCUUGAAAGAUACUUCAGCUGUAGUUCCUGUCCAAAACAAUUGAUCCUGUGAGGUUAGGGUUGAUUCGAUUAAUGUAUUAGUUUGUGGUAUUUAUUGGUUCAGGGAUCUAUUGUUGUGUUAGAUUCUGUACAUGAGUUGAGGGUUGGCAUUCUGCGGAGCACCAUUGGAUAGACGAAGCAUCUAGGCUCUUGAAGCCAUGAUACUUACAGUUGUCCCCUUGUAUAGAUUUCCAAACCCCUAGUGUGUAUAGGUACUGUAUCGCUUACUGAGGCUAAGCAACAAGAAGACCUGAGAACUCCAUGUGUUGGUGCUCUGAUUGGAUUCAUUGCACAUCUAAGCUGAUUCAUGCCGUCAUAUGGUUAUUGUA